AUGGCGGCGGCAGCAGCAGCGGCGGCCGCUUCUGGGCCCCGCGCGAAGGCGCCGGCGGCGGGGGCGGGGGCCGUGGCGGCGGAGGAAGCGGAGGACGAGGAGACGGCGGCGGCCUUGGCUGUGACGGCGGCGCGCGGGCGCCCCGAGCACGAGGUGCAGUCGGAGGACUCGGGCGGGGGCGGCGACGGCGGCGACGAGGACGAGGAUGAGGACGAGGACCUCGGCUGUUCUUCGGCGGAGGAAGACGACGACGACGACGAGGAGAAGGAGAACGAGGCGGAGAUCCAGCGCCUGGAGGAGCAGCUUUCCAUCAAUGCCUUUGACUACAAUUGCCACGUGGACCUGAUAAAGCUGCUUCGGCAAGAAGGGGAACUAAUCAAGCUGAGACGGGCUCGCCAGAAAAUGAGUGAACUUUUUCCUCUCACUGAAGAAAUCUGGCUGGAUUGGUUGAAGGAUGAGAUCAAGAUUGCAUCAGAUGGCUCAGAUCGGGAGAAAGUAUAUGAACUCUUUGAGCGAGCUGUAAAGGACUAUAUUUGUCCUGAAAUUUGGCUGGAAUAUGCUCAGUAUUCAAUUGGUGGGAUUGGUCAGGAAGGUGGGAUCGAGAAGGUCCGUUCCAUAUUUGAAAGAGCCCUGACCGCUGUUGGCUUACAUGUGACCAAAGGCGCAGCCAUGUGGGAGGCGUAUCGUGAAUUUGAGAAUGCGGUUCUGAAAACAGCCCAGCCUGCUCCCGGCAGCGUCCCGACGCCCGAACAGCAGCAGGCGCUGGCUCUGCAGCUUGAGAGGGUCCACGCGCUCUUCCGCCGCCAGCUGGGGGUCCCACUUCUAGAUAUGGAAGCCACCUAUGCUGAAUAUGAGGAGUGGUCAGACGACCCAAUACCGGAAGCUGUCACGCAGAGCUAUAAGAAAGCAUUACAGCAAAUGGAGAAAUGUAAACCCUAUGAGGAGGCCCUGUUGGUAGCAGAGACUCCGAAGCUAGCUGAGUAUCAAGCAUAUAUUGAUUUUGAGUUGAAAGCUGGAGAUCCUGCCCGCAUUCAGUUAAUCUUUGAGCGUGCGCUGGCUGAGAACUGCCUCGUUCCAGACUUGUGGGCCCGUUAUAAUCAAUAUCUGGAUCGGCAGCUGAAGAUGAAGGAUCUGGUGCUAUCUGCACAUGAUCGUGCUGUUAGAAACUGUCCCUGGACGGUUGGACUGUGGAACCGGUAUCUCUUAGCCAUGGAAAGACAUGGAGUUGAUCAUCAGAUAGUUUCUGACAACUUUGAGAAAGCGUUGAAUGCUGGCUUUAUUCAGGCCACAGAUUAUGUGGAGAUUUGGCAGGCAUACCUUGAUUACCUGAGGAGAAGAGUGGAUUUCAAACAAGAUUCAAGCAAAGAGCUAGAGGAGCUGAGAGCUGCCUUUGCUCGGGCACUGGAGUAUUUGAAACAAGAAGUGGAGGAGCGUUUCAGUGAAAGUGGAGAUCCAUCCUGUACCAUAAUGCAGAAUUGGGCAAGAGUGGAGGCACGCCUUUGUAACAAUAUGCAGAAAGCUCGAGAACUGUGGGAUAGCAUUAUGACAAAAGGAAAUGCAAAAUAUGCCAACAUGUGGCUGGAAUACUACAACCUGGAACGGGCACACGGGGACACCCAGCACUGUCGGAAGGCUCUGCAUCGGGCCGUUCAGUGGACCAGUGACUACCCGGAGCACGUCUGCGAGGUGCUGCUGACACUCGAGAGGAUCGAAGGUACUCUGGAAGAUUGGGAUUCAGCAGUUCAGAAGACUGAAAAUCGAUUAGCUCGAGUUAAUGAGCAGAGAGUCAAGGCCGCUGAGAAGGAAGCCGCCCUCGCCCAGCAGGAAGAAAAGAAGAGUGAACAGCGGAAGAGGGCCCGGGCUGAGAAGAGAGCCUUCAAGAAGAUGAGGAAGGCCAAGGCGGGGGACAAGCGGGAGGCAGACGACGAUGAUGACGACGCGUGGGGGGGCGAGGAAGAAGAGCAGCCCAGCAAGCGUCCCCGAGCCGGGAGCAGCCUUCCUUUGGCUGGAGAGGAGGAAAGCAUGACCGUGGAGCUGGGGCUCUUUGGGAGGAGCGCGCCGACGGAAGACCCCCCUUCCAAACAGAAGGAGAGAGCUGCUGCCGUCAAGAAGGAGAUGCCCAAAGUGGUUCACGAUAGCAACAAAGACAGCGUCACGGUGUUUGUCAGCAACUUGCCCUACAGCCUGGCGGAACCCGACGUGAAGCUCCGGCCCCUCUUUGAGGCCUGUGGGGAGGUCACCGAGAUCCGUCCCAUAUUCAACAACCGCGGGGACUUCCGGGGCUACUGCUACGUCGAGUUUAAGGAGGAGAAGGCGGCCCUGCAAGCCCUGAGCUUGGACCGGAAGACUGUGGACGGAAGGCCGAUGUUUGUCUCGCCUUGUGUGGACAAGAACAAGAAUCCAGAUUUCAAGGUGUUCAGGUACAGCACGGCCCUGGAAAAGCACAAGCUGUUCAUCUCUGGUUUGCCGUUCUCCUGCACAAAGGAAGAACUGGAGGAGAUAUGCAAAGUGCACGGCAGCGUGAAAGACCUCCGGCUGGUCACCAACCGCGCUGGGAAACCCAAGGGCCUUGCCUAUGUAGAAUAUGAGAAUGAGGCUCAGGCUUCUCAGGCUGUAUUGAAAAUGGAUGGUAUGACAAUUAAAGAAAAUGUCAUUAAAGUGGCCAUCAGCAACCCUCCUCAACGGAAGCUUCCCGACAGGCCUGAGGCAGGGAGAGCGGCGGGGGCCCUGGUGCCACGGCAGGUGUAUGGCGCGCGGGGUAAGGGGAGGACCCAGCUCUCGCUCUUGCCGCGAGCGCUACAGCGCCCCGCCAAUCCUGGCCCUAAGACUGAGAAUGGGACACUCCAGACCCUACCUGGACCCUCUUCAACACCCACAGAGGCGCCCAAGAUGUCCAAUGCCGACUUUGCCAAGAUGCUCCUGAAAAAGUGAAUCGGACUCGAUGGGAAAUGUGAAAAUGCCUUUUAGGAAGCCAUUUUGUGUCCUUAUUUCUGCUGGCAAGGGGAACCCCCCAUCAUCCUCUGUAAAUACUACUUUGUCCUAUUAGGUCCAUCACAGUACAGAUUGGGGCUGUACCGAGCGAGACAGAGAAGGCUGGUGUGGAUUUAAAUGGCUUUAAAUGAUUCCCUCAUAUUGAGGGUAGGCAGCAUGAGGGAAGCGUUCACUUUAGAGGCGGGCCCAGGGUGGCGUGGAGAGAGCUGGAGCCCCGUCCUGCAGAGCUCUGCUGCUGGGGCAGCUUUCUGCCAUUGAGAGGCUACUCCUUUGGUGCCCGGUGGAGUAGACGGCCCAUCAUUCUUGGCAAAGACAGAAUGGCAGAUGCUUGGAAUUCACCACAAUGGCCUAUUUAGUAGGGGGAGAGGGAGGGAAGUUAGAGAAGUGGAUUGGGUUGAUGUUCUGUUCGGAGUGGUCUCUGUUUUUAUAUUGUGUAUUUGUAAAUGACAUGUCAAACCCUUAUUUUUAAGUUUCCUGAGGAUGGGAGACUGCAGAUGUUUGUUUUGUAUUCAGAAUUGUGUGUACUGCCACCGUGGGUCACGUCCACUGUUUGCCCAAGGAAUUGUACUCCCCCUUGUCGAGACCCCCAGCUCCUUGGUUUUGUUUAUAUAUGAUGUCAAAUGCAAACUCACGUUCUCCAUUUAACUUCACUUAUUAAACCGAAGUUAUCUUUAAAAGGUU